AUGACGCUAAUCCGGGUCGGAUAUAUCCUUUCUCCUCCCGCCGAGCGUCUUCCAAAUCGUCCACAUCCGGUCGAUGUUCGCGUGGUGUCCGUAGAAAAUCGGGUCGCGCGCGGCCGAGUAGAAGUUCCCCAUGUUUUCGAAGUUAGGUUGCGACGAGUCGCCGGUCCAUCCGUGAACCGGGCCGUGCGGACUGUUCUCGAUCGACCCGCCGCCAGGGUUCGGUUCGUCGCCGCGGCGGUACGGGCUUCCGAAGAAGAGGCGCGGGGUUUUCGCGUUCGAAACCAUCUGUCGGUACAUGACGGUGAGGUUGCGGCGGAUAAGCUGGUCCGGGCUGACUGCUGUCUCGCCCGGACUGCUGAAGUUGAGGUUGACUGUGGUUGGUGGUUGGUGGGUCGGGUCGCGGAGCGGGUCGUAGAGGGCGGAGGUGGGGUCGGUGUACAUGAGUGGGAUGGACAUGCCGGCGGGGGAGUCCCAGUUCCAGUAAGGAAUGGCGAAAUUCGAGUCAUCGAUGAGUUUACCGAGGAUGCGUUCGAAGAAGUAGAUGUACCAGCGGUGCCAGGGGAAGAAGAGCCAGGAGUUGUGGACUUGGAGCUCGAGGUCUGGGAGGUUGGUUUGGUCGUAGGCGCCGUCGCAGUAGGCGCAGUGGACGUUGGCCUGCUGGCGGAAGCUGCGGGGGUCGGAGUCGGGGAGGGCACGCAUGAGCUCGACGGCGCGGGAGAAGUAUGGUAUGGAUGA